UCGUAUUACACUGAUGAAUAUAAACAACUGCUGUGUUUCCAAGAGCCUUUUUUUUCCUUUCGCCUUGGCAAGCACAUGAAGAAGUAGACCUUUCCUCUUCUACUUUUUUCGCCUCCUUUUCAACUCCUUCUCUCUCUCUCCUCUCCCUUUUAUGUGUCUUGUCCUAUCCUGUUUAUUAAAAUUGUCUUGUUCAGCUCAACACAAAGAAUUCAGCACUUGUGUUGUUGCAUGACUCUUUCCUCAUCCCAUCUCCUAAGCACAUCGUUUUACGAACAUCAGCUCAUUCAACUCACCUUUCUCACACACGCACGCACACAUACAGAAAAAAUCAUAUUGAGCCAAGAGGCAAACUAUCCUUACUAAUCACCACUAUCACGCUAAAUUACCAGUAACACCAGCAUCAUGCUGUCAAUAUUCAGGCCAAGGCGGUUCCUACUGUGUGGUGUCCCCGUCACCUAUGAACUCGCACUUCGUCUAGUUCUUCUCUGCAUCACAGUUGGGCUGUUGACUAUUGCAUCAAUCCCCAAGGUGCGCUCCAUUUUAGACCAAGUCAACGUGGUCUCUGUCAGUAUGGUGAACACUUCUCGGAUUCCUCCUCCGAACACUAUCGUAUGUGGUAGUCGAUUAGAAACCGUCGAUGUUGAGAUGUACGACACCGGAAUAGCCCAUCCUAAUGGUACUUUUGGACCUCCUACCGUCAAACCUGUUCCACCUGAAAUGGUAGAGAUCAGAAACGCAACUGAGCUUGAUCUACGAGCUCAAGUUGAUUGGCCCAAGGAAGGAAAAUGCGUUCUUUUUCGGCCUCAAGGCCUUUACUUCGCAAGGCAUAGCGAAGAAAACCCGCAAGCAAUGAGUCGCAUUAUAUUUGUGGUUCAAGCUAAUGAAACCUUUACGGGAAAUGACCCGCGUGGUCUUUCUAUCGCUUUCUGGAACGACGAUGAAAUUUUUCAAGAGAAAGAACCCAUGUGGACUAACAUUCCUUCUAUCAAUACUCUUACAUUCGUUUACACCGAGUAUAUCAAGCUAAACAAAAAAGACAAGCCCGAAACCCAAUACACUCUUCAAAAGCAAAACCUCCUUCCCUCUUUCAAAUUCAGUAACCGGGUUAUUGGACGAUUCAUCAUCUCCCCAGAUAACUUUGUUGUCACGAGAUACAUUGAUAAAGCCAGUUAUACAUGGGUUGAUCUUGCGGGUGCUGUUGGAGGUAUGGCCUCCAUUGCUCUCGCCGUAUGGAUCUUUUUGUUUGGCAGCGGCAAGUAUAAAAGCUGGGGUGUGAUGCAACGAUACAUCUUGCGGACUUCUCCCAACUCACGCCACCACUACAAAAGAGAUGAAAUGCCCAAAAGCACUUACGAGACGGCUAAAGACUUUUUUAAGAAGCAGCUUUCAAAGAUGGAUAGCAGUGCAGGCGCAGAGCUAGACAGUAUGCCCUUACAUGGGUCAACGAUGCAGAACCCUCGACGCCUUUCUCAGCGUUACAGUACUAUUAUGAACAUGAAUACAGCUGCAAAUGCUGCUGUAGCUGUUGGGAGCUAUGGCAAUGGUAGUGGUAGAGGCAAUGGUGGAACAGCAUAUACGGCGGUAAAUAAUGCCACACAUUUGGGUAUUGGUGAUGAUCUGGAUCCUGGUAUGCGCAGAUACUCUAUGGAAUCCUCAGGACCUACCAAUUAUUACUUUACGGAACAUGGAGCACCAAGGACACAAUCGCUGCAACCACUGGCGCCCAUCAACGAAGAUGAAGAUGAAACAGAGGCGCAAGUGAGUGAAUUAAUUCGACUGAUUGAUUUGCGCAUAGAUGAGCGCAUGUGGAGCUUGGAGAGAACUCUAGCGAGGUAUUAUUUGGAUGGAUUUCGUCUUCGGGAUUACUCCGUUCCACAGUAUCACCUACAGUUGAAUGAAGGACAGGUGCCUGGAGGAAAUGGAGAACUUGCACCAAAGUAUGAGCAAGGGCGUACUGAUUCUGAAAUGGAGGUCUUGCAUAGCAGCAGCUGUAGCGACGAUAGAAGCAACCAAGGUUUAUACUCGCCAUCAUCCAGCCCAUCAUCUUCACCACCUAUUCCUCCACGGCCUUCAAUGGCACACAACUAUCAACGUUUUGGACAGACAUCGUUGCCCACCGCUGUUUCAGACGCUGGUGCCCAGCCUAGGAUCACAACAGUUGCGCCAAGCAAGGAAGAAGUCAUUGCUAUUGAAAAUACAUCACCAUCAUCCCACCCUAGCCAGAAUGGCCGCAGAAAUUUGGGAGAGUCUGAGCUUCCAUUACGUAAAGACAUGCGGGGUACGAUCCGUAAAGCUGUGGAGCGGUUACAGAAUGAGUGGCCUCAGAGUCGAGCUGCAAUGCCAGUACCAGAGCCUUAUGUCCCAAGGACACAAUACCAAAGUAAAAGUGCCUCGAACAACAACAGUAGUAAUAGUAAUUAAUCAUAAUAUCAGAAGUGAAAGAAACGGGGGAGAUAGGAUAGGAAGGAGCGAUCUCGGCUACACUGGCAUCUCUCCCAGGCACGAAAUUCUAGGACAACUUAGAAAUGUAUAUACUUGCUCACAUCCCUUUGGGAUCUCUCAUUAAAAGUUAG